CUGAGUCUCUGGGUGCGGAUCCUGAGGAGCGCCCGGGACCAGAGCGAAUCCGCAGAGGGUGCUGACCGCUUGGGCCCUCUCGUGCAGGUCAGCCACCACGCAGCCGUCCCGCGCCAGAGCCUUCCAGGACCGCCGAGGCAAAAGCGUGGCGGUGGGACCACAAAGGCUAAGGUCGGGGCUUGGAUUCUGGUGUCUCUGCCUAGGCUGCUUGGAUGGGGGGCGCCCUGGUGUGGAUGCUGUUGUUGCCGCUGCUGCUGCAGGAUCCCGGCAGCCAAGGAUUGUCAUGCAACGUGUCCUCGUGGGACGUGGACUGGACCACAGAGUUCACAGCCACAUGCCUGAAUUUCAGCGGCCAAGGCCUGAGCCUGCCCCGGAACCAGUCUCUGCAGGCCAGGAACGUGGUCCUUCUUGACCUGUCUGGGAAUGGUCUUCAAGAGCUACCACUGCCCUUCUUUGCCCUCCUGGGAAAGCUGGAGGUCCUAGAUGUGACAAACAACCCACUGGACCGAGUGGACAGGGCACUGGCCAUGCGCUGUAAACUUGACCUGAAGGCUGACUGCAGCUGUGUCCUAGAAUCCUGGCACCAGGUCAGACGGGACAACUGCUCUGGCCAGCUGCCUCUGCUGUGCCUGGACACAGCUACUGGUGCCUGGCACAAUAUCUCUACCUUCCUGGAGGUUGGCUGCCCCCCUGGCCUGUCCUUGAUGACCAUCGGGGCACUGGUGGCUGGUUGUAGCCUGCUCCUUGGGCUCACCAUUGCUGGCCUGGUGCUGGCCUGGAGACUUCGGGGACGCUGGAUGGUCAGCAGCCACGACCUGGACAAAACAUGGGCUGCUCAGGAUGGUUCCAGGUCUGGCUUGGGCAAGCAGCCGAGGUACAGUAGCCGAGGCCUCAGCCCUAAGCCCCCAGAGGCUGUCCUGCCCAGACCCUCCACACCCGACUAUGAGAAUGUGUUCGUGGGCCAGCCAGCUACCAGGCACCAGUGGGCCGAACAGGGGGCCCACCCAUCAGAGGAUAGCGACUUCUACAUGAAUUAUGAGGGCCUCCACCGUGCCUCCCAGCCUGUCUACUGCAAUCUGCGGUCGCUGGACCGAGCCCCACUGGACGAAGAGGAGUAUGUGAUCCCCGGGCACUGAGUCUUUGAUGCCCUGAACUCACACCUGCUGCCUUCCAGCUGACUGGGAGCAUUCUGGCUCUUCCCUGGCCUCCGUUUUCCCACCUGAGGAAUGGGGACAGAGAAGGACCGUCCCUAAAGCCCCAGGGAGGCUCUGUAGCUCCCUCUCCAGCCCCCGCUCUGCUUCUCACCUCCCGCAGCUGCUGGAAGGGGAGGAGGAGAGGCCCUGGUAUGGGGACAGGAGGGUCAAUUUGUGAAUGCCAUUGUCACCCUCCUGGGAGAGUGCUAGACGUGCCCAAUAAAUACUGCAGGGCUGACAAGG